AUGGGCAAGAUGGACAACACCUCCGUGGAGCUGAGCUCUCCCUCCGAGGUGAAGCAGGCAGCCCUGGAGGAGUCGGAGCCCAACGGCCCUGAAGCCAUGAGCACCAAGAAGAAGAAGGAGAUCCCAGACAGGGGCUCCUGGAAAGGGAGAUUUGACUUCUUGCUGUCCUGCGUGGGCUAUGCCAUUGGGCUGGGCAACGUCUGGCGCUUCCCCUAUCUCUGUGGCAAGAACGGAGGAGGUGAGAGAAACUCACAGUGCCUGCACUCCACUCUGAGCAGCCUUGUCACCUGGAUGGGCUCUGGCUUGGUAUCGGCUGUGGUGCUCUCAGUGGGAGACUUUCCAAGCUCACCAAUACCAGCUGUUGCCUCUGAGCAAGCCUGCUCAUCAUUGUGGGCCUUCCUCAUCCCCUAUUUCCUGACGCUGGUGUUUGCUGGGAUUCCCCUCUUCCUGCUGGAAACUGCUCUUGGCCAGUAUACCUCUGUGGGUGGACUGGGGGUCUGGAAAUUAGCACCCAUGUUUAAAGGAGUGGGGCUGGCAGCUGUGGUUCUCUCCUUCUGGCUGAACAUCUACUACAUUGUCAUCAUCGCCUGGUCUCUCUACUACCUCUUCAACUCUUUCACUGCGGACCUGCCGUGGCAGAGCUGCGGGAACACCUGGAACACCGACCGCUGCUUCUCCAACUACUCCCUGGAGGACACCACCAACCUCACCAGUGCCGUCACCGAGUUCUGGGAGAGGAACAUGCACCAGAUGUCUGAGGGCCUGGGGGAGCCCGGCUCCAUCCGCUGGCCCCUGGCCGGCACGCUGGCCCUGGCUUGGCUGCUGGUCUACUUCUCCAUCUGGAAGGGUGUGGAGUGGACAGGCAAGGUGGUGUAUUUCUCAGCCACCUACCCCUACUUCAUGCUGUUCAUCCUCUUCUUUCGGGGAGUCACGCUGCCGGGGGCCAAGGAGGGCAUCCUCUUCUACCUCACGCCCGACUUCAGAAAACUCUCUGACUCUGAGGUCUGGAUGGAUGCAGCCACACAGAUCUUCUUCUCCUAUGGCCUGGGGCUGGGGUCCCUAAUCGCGCUGGGGAGCUACAACACUUUCCACAACAACGUCUACAGAGACUCCAUUAUUGUCUGCUGUAUAAACUCCACAACAAGCAUAUUCGCUGGAUUUGUUAUUUUCUCUAUCGUUGGCUUCAUGUCACACAUCACAAAGAAGUCGAUCGCAGAGCUGGCCUCCUCAGGCCCCGGACUGGCUUUCCUCGCGUACCCACAAGUCGUCACACAACUACCUCUGUCCCCGCUCUGGUCCAUCCUCUUCUUCUCUAUGUUGAUGAUGCUGGGCCUGGACAGUCAGUUCUGCACCGUGGAGGGGUUCAUUACAGCCCUGAUGGAUGAAUAUCCUCACGUCCUGAGAGCCAGGAAGAAGGUCUUCAUUGCAAUAGUCUGCUUCAUCUCUUACCUCAUUGGAUUCUCCAACAUCACCCAGGGUGGUAUUUAUGUCUUCAAGCUCUUUGAUUACUACUCAGCCAGUGGCAUGUGUCUUCUCUUUCUUGUCUUCUUUGAGACCAUCUCAAUUUCUUGGUGUUAUGGUGUGAACAGAUUUUACAGGAACAUCGAAGAAAUGAUUGGCUACAAACCUUGCAUCUGGUGGAAGAUCUGCUGGGCCUUCUUCACUCCUCUUGCCUGCCUGGGCGUGUUCUUCUUCAGCGUGGUGGAAAUGACCCCUCUGACACUGGGAAAAUAUGUCUAUCCUGCGUGGGGACAAGGCAUUGGCUGGCUCAUGGCUCUGUCCUCCAUGGUGCUGAUUCCAGGAUACAUGCUGUACUGUUUCUUCACCUCAACAGGGACUCUCCGGCAGCGUUUGCAGCAGAUGACACAGCCCAGGCCCGAGGCACAAGUGCAGGAGAAUGGCCUCCAGCCAAAGAUGUCCUUGAAUGGCAGGGUCUCGGAUGCCGCCGUCUAGGAGGAGAGUCGGAAUUCCUCGCCCUGCCCUGUAGCUGCCCACACCACGCCGUCCCUCCAGCUCCUCUGGCACAGCUCUCUGUCCCCGGCUCUGGUGGCUUUCCAGGAGGAGAAAGGACCUGGCGGAGGAGGCCCCUCGCGUCUCUUCCCUCCAGCCCUUCUGACCACGGCUCAGCGCGAGGUGCCACCAGGGCGCAGUGCGGUGACUGUCCUCAUCAUGCAACGUCCU